CACCCAUCGGCGCAUUGUGUCCUUGAGUUGAAAUAAUAACCACACUAUUUCUAUUUAGUUUACAUUUAUCCGAAAUUGUCAAACGGGGAUCUGGUAGUUUCGGAAGUAGUGAAUUAAAGAUUAUACUGACAUAGUACAAAUUAUAAUAAUGAGUACUCCGGUUAAAAAAGUGCCCAUUCAUUUACAGAGUGCUCAAAAUCGUUUAUUAAUUCGUCAUGGCAAAGUUGUGAACGAAGAUGGGACAACAGAUGAUGACAUCUAUAUAGAAGACGGUGUUAUCAAACAUAUUGGGAAGAAUUUGAUAAUUCCAGGAGGUACUAGGGUAAUCGAUGCCAGAGGAAGAUACGUUAUGCCAGGGGGUAUAGACCCCCAUACCCAUUUCGAAUUUCAGUUCAUGGGCACAUGCACAGCUGAUAACUAUUAUCAAGGAACUAAAGCUGCUGUUGCUGGGGGAACAACAUGUGUCAUAAAUUUCGCAAUUCCUGACAAGGGUCAGUCUGUCCUAGACGCUUACUACGAUGCUAGGCAAAGGGCAGACCCCAAAGUAUGUUGUGACUAUUCCCUUCACAUGGGCGUAACAAGCUGGUCCAACAGCAUUGAUAAAGACAUGGAAAUCCUCACUAAGGAACACGGUAUCAACUCUUUCAAAAUGUUUAUGACCUACUCACUGAUGCUUAACGAUGAGGAGAUUUAUUCGGUUUUCGAGAAAUGUAAAAAAUUGGGCGCUCUCCCUAUGGUACACUGCGAAAACGGUCUGAUAAUAAAGAAAAACGCAGAGAAGUUACUUGCUCAGGGUAUAACUGGGCCGGAGGGUCAUGAACUUUCACGGCCAGAAGAAGUGGAAGCAGAAGCUGUCAAUAGAGCUUGUGUUAUUGCGAAUCAGGUAGAUACCCCACUAUAUAUUGUGCAUGUUAUGAGUAAGUCAGCAGGUUUGGCUUUAGAUGCAGCACGCAAAAAAAAUAAUAAGAAAGUCUUUGGUGAAACUUUAGCUGCCGGUGUUGGCUGCGAUGGUUCACACUGUAACCAUGAAUGUUUCGAUCAUGCUGCCGGUUACAUUUUAAGCCCACCUCUGAGACCUGACCCUGCAACACCAAAGACUCUUAUGACUUUCUUAGCACAGGAUAUUCUGCAAACUACGGGAAGUGAUCAUUGUACAUUCACUAAAUCUCAGAAAGAGAUUGGAAGAAAUGAUUUCAGAAAAAUUCCCAAUGGGGUAAAUGGUGUUGAGGAGAGAAUGUCCGUUAUAUGGGAGAAAGGAGUUCAUUCGGGAAUUAUAGACCCUAAUAGAUUUGUAGCCAUUACUAGUACAAAUGCUGCCAAAAUAUUCAAUUUAUACCCAAGAAAAGGAUGUAUUGCUGUUGGAUCUGACGCUGACAUUGUUAUAUGGAAUCCAAAUGCAACAAAAGUGAUAUCUGCCAAAACACACAAUAUAGCUAUUGAGCUCAACGUUUUUGAAGGCAUGGAAUGUCACGGUGUUCCAGAGUAUGUCAUUGUUAAUGGAAGAAUUAUUGUUGAUGAUGGUCAACUGAAAGCUGUAGAGGGCCAUGGAAGAUUUAUCGAGACACCUGUAUAUGCUCCAUAUGUCUAUGACAUUGAAAAUGCAGACAGUAUUAAACCUCCCAAAGUUGAACAUUUUGUAGACAAUGAAUUAACGGAACCAAAGAAGCAUCCCCUAAAAAAAGAUAUGUGUCCCACACCCACACUGCCAGAAUCAGCAAUAUCAACACCAUCUUGUAAAGGUCCAAGACCAGAAGGUCAAAGAAAUAUUCAAGAUUCAACAUUUUCUAUCACUGAGGAAUUGGAUUUGGAAAGAAAAUCAUGCAUUCGUGUUAAAAACCCACCUGGUGGAAAGUCAUCUGGCUUUUGGUGAAGAAUCAUAAGAAAUUGGGUUGCAACAACUAUUGAGUUUUCACCUUCGUUAUUUAGCUGGUAGUUAAAUUAUUUUUCGGAAAUAGGUGGAAGAAGCAAAUUGAGAUAUUUGUUGCAAUCCUCCGUAUUUCUCUUCGCUAAGAUAUGCUUGCUAAAUGGCUCUUAAAACUUGUACCAAAGUUUCACUGUAUUCUUCCAACUUGGUUAAUAUUAAGGUUCCAAGAAGUCUAAUGUGGAUAGUGGUUUUUAUUAGUGUUAACUAUUUUUUAUUAGUCAUGGUUGUAUGUGAAAAAAUAUAGUGGGUUGGUUGUCAAUGCAUGAGAAUACACUGUUCCCCUAAAAUUCAUAAUGAACCAGAUUUUUUCAUUAACCUGAUUCGCUUUAUUGGCUUAUGAAGAUAAUACAAGAGACUAAUGUUUAUCUCGACUAAAAAAAAUGCUUCAGCUAUGCGAAUAACAAUCAACUAUAUUUGAAGGUAAAUGAACAUCAUGCAAUCCCAAAUAUAUAUUCAGUAUUAUUUCUACUUGUUUCUUGUUCCUUUCAAUAAAUAUUUUAUUUGGGAUCUCAGGCUAAUAUUGCUAGCUAAACUACUUGAUUAGUUUUGUUCUAUAUUUGAAAUCCUUUGUUAAACAUAUAUUAACAAAACUGUGUUUUUUUAACAUCAAAAACUAUUGAGUUUCAUAAAUUUUAAGAAUAUUCAUUUGUACUGUUCAGUUCGUUACUUGCAUAUUUGUGCUCACAGCAUGUUGAUGUUUGAAUAAUUCAUUUUAGCUAUAGUUAUGUUGAAUUCCAAAUAUAUCAUUGGAGUUCUUUUUUGAUAUUUUAACCUGUUUUCGUUUCAAGUCUCCUCACUUCAUCACACAUUACUACAUUUGUACUUGAUGGAUAAAUAAAUUCUUAAAAUAUGA